CCGAGGAGAAUUUUGAAGUGGAAUGAGCUAUGAAAAUUGUUUAGGAGAGCUUUUCAAAGCACUGCCAUCAUAGUGUCGCGAAUUGGUUGGGAGUCGUGAAAAGCGGCUCCCCGUGUGCCGCCAUGGAUUACACGGACGAUGGAGAACCCAUCGGAAAGGACAUUUGGCAGGAAGCCUGCUGGAUUGUCAUCAGUUCGUAUUUUGAAGAAAAGGGAUUGGUGCGACAGCAGCUGGACUCAUUUGAUGAGUUCAUUCAAAUGUCGGUGCAGAGAAUUGUGGAGGACUCGCCUCAAAUUGAGCUGAUAGCUGAAGCGCAACAUCACACCACUCACGAUGAUGAGCCGACACGGUACUUUCUCAAGUUUGAGCAGAUCUACUUGAGUAAGCCCACUCAUUGGGAAAAGGAUGGUGCACCAAGUCCACUCAUGCCAAAUGAAGCCAGACUCAGGAACUUGACUUAUUCGGCUCCAUUGUAUGUCGACAUCAAGAAGACAACAAUGAAAGCCGGCAUGGCUCCUGUUGAGCAAGCAUACUCCAAGACAUUCAUUGGCAAGAUUCCCAUUAUGCUGAAGUCAACGUAUUGCUUACUAAACAAUCUCACGGACCGUGACUUGACUGAACUGAACGAGUGCCCGCUUGAUCCUGGCGGUUACUUCGUUAUCAAUGGCUCUGAAAAGGUCCUGAUUGCUCAAGAGAAGAUGGCCACCAACACAGUUUAUGUCUUUCAGAAAAAAGAUAGCAAGUACCAGUAUGUUGCAGAGGUUCGCUCUGUGCUGGAAAACUCCUCACGACCUACAAGUACAUUGUGGGUUGGCAUGCUGGCGAGAGGCGGUGGUCAGUCACGUCGUGCCACCAUUGGUCAACGUAUCGUUGCCACUUUGCCGUAUAUCUCGCAAGAAGUACCCAUCAUGAUUGUGUUCCGUGCUCUGGGGUUUGUCAGUGACCGUGACAUCCUUGAGCAUAUCAUCUAUGACUUUGAUGACCAGGAGAUGAUGGAAAUGGUGAAGCCUUCACUGGAUGAAGCCUUUGUGAUCCAAGAGCAGAAUGUUGCCCUCAACUUCAUUGGUGCACGCGGUGCACGCCCUGGUGUCACAAGAGAAAAGCGUAUUCGCUAUGCAAAGGAGAUCCUGCAGAAGGAAAUGCUGCCGCAUGUCGGUAUCAGCGAGUUUUGUGAAACGAAGAAAGCAUAUUACCUUGGGUAUAUUGUACAUCGAAUCCUUCUUGCUGCACUGGGACGGCGUGAAUUGGACGAUCGUGAUCAUUACGGUAACAAGCGUCUCGAUCUGGCUGGACCAUUGCUGGCUUUCUUGUUCCGUGGUAUGUUCCGUAACUUGAUGAAGGAAGUACGGUUGUACACACAGAAGUUCAUCGACCGUGGCAGAGACUUCAACCUUGAGCUGGCAAUCAAGACUCGUAUCAUCACUGAUGGCUUGCGUUACUCACUUGCCACUGGCAACUGGGGUGAUCAAAAGAAGGCUCACCAAGCAAGAGCUGGUGUGUCACAGGUGUUGAACCGACUGACGUUCGUCUCCACACUGUCACAUUUGCGUCGUCUUAAUUCACCGAUUGGUCGUGACGGUAAACUGGCCAAGCCUCGUCAGCUACACAAUACCUUGUGGGGUAUGAUCUGUCCUGCAGAGACACCCGAGGGUGCUGCUGUCGGUCUGGUAAAGAACCUGGCGCUCAUGGCUUACAUCUCUGUCGGUUCUCAACCAAGUCCUAUCUUGGAAUUCUUGGAAGAGUGGGCCAUGGAAAAUUUAGAAGAGAUUUCACCGGCGGCCAUUCUUGGUGCCACGAAGAUCUUUGUGAACGGUUGCUGGGUUGGAAUUCAUCACGAGCCUGAUGAGCUGAUGAGCACACUGCUCAAGCUUCGUCGGCAGAUGGACGUUGUUGUCUCUGAAGUAUCCAUGGUACGUGACUUCCGUGAGCAGGAGAUUCGGAUCUACACUGAUGCAGGACGUAUUUGCAGGCCUUUGCUUGUUGUGGAGAAUCAACAGCUCAUGCUGCGCAAGCAGCAUAUUGAGCAUCUGAAGGAGAGGGAGUACAACAACUAUGGGUGGCAAGAGCUGGUUGCCAAUGGUGUAGUGGAAUACAUUGAUACUAAUGAGGAGGAGACAGUCAUGGUCGCUAUGACACCGGACUACUUGUCGGCGGAAGGCUCGACUUACUGUAGCACAUACACGCAUUGUGAGAUUCACCCGUCCAUGAUCCUUGGCGUCUGUGCUUCGAUCAUUCCUUUCCCGGAUCACAAUCAGUCACCUCGUAACACCUACCAGUCAGCUAUGGGUAAGCAGGCUAUGGGUGUUUACAUCACCAACUUCCACGUCCGCAUGGACACCUUGGCCCACGUCCUCUGGUAUCCACAGAAGCCUCUCGUCACCACCCGCUCCAUGGAGUACUUGCGAUUCAGAGAGCUGCCUGCUGGUAUCAAUGCCAUUGCUGCCAUUGCCUCCUACACUGGCUACAAUCAAGAAGAUUCAGUCAUCUUGAACUGUGGUGCAGUUGACCGUGGCCUGUUCCGGUCUGUGUUUUAUCGUUCGUAUCGCGACUCUGAGUCCAAGCAAGGCCUGGACACGGAGGAAAUCAUCGAGAUGCCGAACCGCGAGAACGUCCGCGGUAUGCGCCCUGCUAUUUACGACAAGCUUGACCCCGACGGCAUCAUUGCUCCGGGUACGCGUGUCAGCGGUGAUGAUGUGCUCAUCGGCAAAACUAUCACCUUGCCCGAAGAUGAAGACGAGAUGGAGGGUGCUCCUCGUCGUCACACGAAGCGUGAUGCCAGUACCUUCAUGAGAAGUAGUGAGACGGGUAUUAUCGAUCAGGUGUUAGUUACUAUCAACUCCGAAGGCUAUCGCUUCUGCAAGAUCAAGGUGCGGUCAGUUCGUGUUCCUCAGAUUGGCGAUAAGUUUGCCAGCCGUCACGGUCAGAAGGGUACAUGUGGUAUCAAAUAUCGACAAGAGGACAUGCCAUUCACAUGCGAGGGCAUCACACCUGACAUCAUCAUCAAUCCUCAUGCUAUUCCCAGCCGUAUGACAAUCGGUCAUUUAAUUGAAUGUCUACAGGGCAAGGUUUCAGCAAACAAGGGUGAAAUUGGUGAUGCAACACCGUUCAAUGACUCCGUCAACGUACAAAAGAUCUCACAGCUGCUGCAUGAGUACGGUUAUCACUUGCGUGGUACAGAAGUACUUUUCAACGGCUUUACUGGUCGAAAGAUGAACUCUCAGAUCUUUCUCGGACCAACCUACUACCAGAGAUUGAAGCAUAUGGUUGACGACAAGAUUCAUUCUCGCGCCCGAGGUCCCUUGCAGAUUCUCAACCGGCAACCUAUGGAAGGUCGUUCGAGAGAUGGAGGUCUUCGAUUUGGUGAAAUGGAACGUGAUUGCCAGAUUGCACACGGAGCAGCACAGUUUCUCAAGGAACGACUGUUUGAAGCAUCGGAUCCGUACCGUGUUCACGUAUGCAACCUCUGUGGUCUGAUCGCUAUUGCCAACUUGCAGAACAAUACGUUUGAGUGCCGUGGCUGCAAGAAUAAGACCCAGAUAUCUCAAGUGCGUAUACCGUACGCGUGCAAGCUUCUUUUCCAGGAGCUGAUGGCCAUGAGUAUUGCACCACGCAUGAUGGUCACAAAGUAGCCUUGUAUUUUUCAUGAGGUAGCCUUGUAUUGGUCACUACAGUGUGCCUACCCUGCCUUUGAUGUGUUCUUUCUGACACUGCCUUUUGUAUUGUCUUCAUAUUCUUCUGUUGCCUGUGAUAUUUUUAAGCUUCCAAGCCAUACAAUUAUCUACUUUUCUCAUGAUUUCACACACUCAUGAUAUCAACUGAAAUAAAUCUGUACAAAAUGCUCAAAGAUGAAAAUAGAAGAUAAGAAUCCUGCAUUUCAUUCAUCAUCAUACCAUUUUUUUCUCAGAAACCAAAAGUGAAGGCCUUGACAUGAAAUAAUAAUGUAUUUUUCAGCAUCCAUGUUGCUUGCUGUCAUAUUGUGCAACAGUGCUGUGUACAUAAGUUUGAAGCGUGGCGUCCGCUUCACACCUUGCUCCCCUGUAUUUCCGGCUGCUGCCUUCUUUCUUGUUUGUUGACCUCGUGAUGUGUUGAUUUGCUUCCUGUUCCCUUGGUGCCUUUUGUUUUUGUAUGGCGUUUGCCCUUGCCUUUCCUCCUUUCCAGCCUGUUCUGAGAAUUUCAUCCUAUCAGCAUCUGCUCUAGGUAUAUUGCUUUACUUUGCAGGCAGUGUUGUUUCACAAUGGGGAUCGAUAUUUUUAAAAAAAUCGUCUGGUA